CCCGCACGUCUGGCAACUCCGGCUGGAAAAUAAAAAUGGCUACCACUGUGUGCUUGUUAUUGUUCGUGGAAUUUUAAUAAUUACGAAGUUUUUUGUACAAAAUAAACAGGAUAAACGCAUCGCUGCAGCGCCAAUUGAGGGCCGAAAAGCAAGCGCGAAUCUUUCGACAUCGAACAGAGCUACAAACGAGUGCCCGCAGGCGAACGAACCGUGUGAAAUUAAGCCCCCGAAAAUCGGCUGCCCGAAUGCGUGAAAAUUUUCGAGACCCGCUAAUAAAGCAUUAUUAUUCGGCUGCCGGAUGUGAAAUGGAUAACAGUGGGGGCCUAAAAACCACUAAAUUGCCCUGAACAAUAAUCUAAAGGCGGGCAGGCGAGAUUUCCAGCAGGAAAAGCGCUUGAAAAGUGACGCAGGAAAAUCCGUAUCCGCGCCCCGCACGUGUGUGUGUGAGUGAGUGUGUUGUGUGUGUGUUGGUGAGGCUACUACUAAAAAAAAGUAAAAAGCCAAAAGAGAGAGAAAAAAAAUAAUAGUGGAAAAUGCCCAAAAACAAAAGUCGCAGAGGUUAAAAAAAACUAGUGGGGAAAACACGAAAAAAGACGACAAUAAUUCAGGCCUAAAAUGCGAUUUGUCCACUUGCAAUUAAGAUUUCAAACCAAAUCCAAAGGACGCCACGGCGGUGAAUCGAAAGCUAAAUGCGAGAAUUGAGCAGCGUUCUACCAAUUAAACCUACGACGCGUGCGAUUGUCGUGUGAUGAUAUGCCACUUAAACAGCAGCUUGAACCGUCACUGGUGCGGAUAUUGGUCUCGCUCCCCUGGGACGCAGCUCAACGGCUGCGCCAGCUGGCCAACGAUGGAAAUCCCGAGCUGCGCGCCCUCAGCAUUCAGUCGGUGCAAUUCGAGGGCGAUUCUGUGAUAACUUUAAAAGUUGGUGGACAAGAUAUUAAGAUAACCAAGGAUAAUGUAAACGAGACUCUAGAGGCGGCUGGCUCGCUUUCGGGCAACAAAAGUGGUCUCCUAACCACGGGAUUCGAUGGCCCCAGUACCAGCAAGGCGGCCUCCGCCUUCUUGCAACAGCAACAGCAGCAGCAACAACAGCAGCAGCAGCAGCAGAGGAUUCUGCCCCAGAACGAUGCAAUCUCACUUCAGCAAAGAAGAGCGGCGGCGGCGGGUCUGGGACUCCAAAAGAUGCCACUCCAAAUGCAACAAAAUCAGCAGCAACAGCAGCAGCAGCAGCAACAACAGGUGGCCCUGACUCCCGCCGUCUUCAAAUCCCCCAAUACCGUUUGUCCCAUGGAGGGCAAGGUGCCCCUGCUGCUUCCCUCGCCCUCAACCACCCGGGAUUUCCCAUUCGAGAGCAUGCGGCAGGCGAGAGUGCUGCAGGGUAGGGAAACAGGAGCUGCUUUGGGUCCACCUUUGCCGCCACCGCCUCCGCCGCCAAAUGUAACCCUCAAGGUGCUCAAGCAGGCACCGCAGAAUGGCGAACUAACGCCCACAACGCCGCCAACGACGCCAGGAAGCAGCAACAGCAGCAGCGGGAGCAAAUCUCAGUUUAUCCAGCCACCGCCGCCGCCUUAUCCCGGUUUGGGUGCUCAAACUGGAGGGCAGCAAAGCAGCAGCAGCAGCGUCAGUUCACCGAUUGCCAUAGCCAAGCCAGCCAUUGUGACGGCACCCAGCCAACAGCAGCAGCAGCAGCAGCUUAACCAUCCGCCAACGGCCACGUCGACGGGCAGCAACAACAUAGCCAUAUCGUCGCCACUGCUGGUUAAUCUUCUCCAGAACGACGGCAAUGCCAUGUCCAAUCCGAACCAGCUCAAGUCGCCGCAACAGCAGCAGCAAUCGCCGCUGAUUGGCAUGAGUCCCAGUGGAGCGCAGAUGAUGAACUCCCCCAUGCGAUCCUCUGGCCCAGCGACGCCCAGUGAUUUCCUGAUGGGCGAUGUGCUGAGUCCGGUGGUGCCCUCCUCACCCACAACGCCCCAGGCGGCGGUGGCUCCACCUUGUCCGCCGCCCGUGGUGAUAAGGAAUCUGCAGCAGCAGCAACAGCAGCAGCAGCAGGCGAUGCUCAGUCCCAGCGGCAAUGGCAAUCAUUUGUAUACUCAACAGGCGCAACAGCAGCAGCAGCCGCAACAGCAAGGACCACCGCCGCAUCGCUUUCAACAGCAACAUCAGCAAAUGUCGCCGCAGGCAGUGGCCCUGCGACAGCAACAACUUCAACGACAGCAGCAGAUGCGAUUCAUGCAGCCACAGCAGCAGCAACAACAGCAACAAUUUCAGCCUGCACCUGAUUGCUUCAACAACAUGGUCAUGAAUCCCAUGCAACAGCAACAGAUAAGACAUCAAUUGAGACCUGGUGGCCUGCCGCUGGCUCCUCCGCCGCCUCAUCCGCAGCAACAGCAACAGCAGCAGCAGCGACUGAUGAGCCUGCAAAUGACGCAAGCGUCGCCGCAACAGCAGCAGCAAUUCAUGAGUCCCGCACCCUCGCCCGCCUCCAGUCACCAUUCGAUGCACAGCCCGCUGAUGCAGCAGCAGCAACAGCAACAGCCAGCUCCUGUAACUGCAACCUCUGCUCCCAGCGAGCAUUUGCCAGCCAGCAAUCCACACCAUGUACCUGCAGCUCCGCCACCGGAUUACAAUCAGGCGGCGGCCAACUCCCGCUGGCCACUGGCCGGAAUCAAUAAGCCGAUGGAUUCGGCCACCAAGAGCAGUUUCCAGGAGUUUACGCGCUACCAGAUGCAGUACAAUCUUCAGCAGCAGCAGCAGCAAGUCAAUUUGCCAGGGCAGCCGCAACAGCAACAGCAGUUGCAGCAACAACAGCAGCAGCAGGUGCAGCAAUUGCCUCCCCCUGCGCUGCCGAAUCAACAGCAGCAGCAGCAACAGCAGGCGCAGCAGCCACAGGUUGCUUCAAAUUCACAGCCACAAGGUCAAGUAGAUUCCCUGAUGUCGCUUUCCGUGCUGGAUGCCCUGACCACAAACGAUUUGGAUGCCCUGCUGCCCACAUUAAACUGUGAUCUGGAUUCUACACUCAGUCUAGAGGAUAAAAACGAGCUGGAAUCGCUGUUGCAAGAUGCCAAGGAUCUGGAUUUGGAUUUAAUAGAGGAUAAUCUAUCAGCAGUUGAUAUGGAUGCGCUGAAUACGUUGGAGGCGCCACUGGAACAGCAGCAACAAACGCUAAUGCAGCCGCAACAGCAGACGCAACAAAUACUGCAAAUGCCCUACCAGCAACAGCAGCAAAAUCAACAGCAAUUGCAACAGCAAUUGAUGAUGCAACAGCAGCAGCAGAGGCAGCAACAUGUGCAGCGACAAAUGCAAUUGCAACAGCAGCAGCAAUUAAAUCAAAUGGUGCAGCAACAGCAGCCGCAGUUGCAAGUGCAGCAUGUGCAGCAGCAACAGCGUCCGCCGCAAAAGCAAUUUAUCAUUAAUCCACACACCGGCGACAUGGAACCAAUGGCCAGCGACGAUAGCGAAACGGAGGCCGAGGAGGAAACAGCGCAGCCGCAAUUCCGUAACAGCAACAUGAGCAACCUGAGCAGCUUUAACUUUAAUCCCGCCAACGAUAUGCUUUUGCCGAAUAAUCUGUUUUCCGAGGAGGAUUCAAAUUCAGCGCAGCAACAUCCAAUGGGUAUUAAUAGUGAUCAGGAGAGAUCGCGCGAUUCCUUGGCCUCAAAUAAGUCAGCAACUAGUAGGGCUAGAAAAACGCCCGUCUCGAAGGCAAAUCACAGUAAUCUGGGUGAUAAUUCCCCAAGAUCUAGCAACAGUUCGCCUUUAAUUGGCUUGAACUCGCCGCAAUCCAUGACAGCUGCCGUUGGAGCGCCCAGCAAGAAGGCCAAGCCGAAUCUGCUGCGCGGCAAGCUGCAACAGGGAGUGAAGGAGCGCAAGGCCAAGGAUCCCACGGCCACGCCGAAACCGAAGAGGGAAAGGGCCAAGGGAAAUGCCAAGACCAAGGCGGCCGAGGAGAAAAUAAAGCUGAGAUUGAAAUUAGACAAGGUGGAAAAUGCGCCGGCAGCGGGUGCAGGUUACGAAGGACAGAUUAUAAUCAACCAACAGCAGCAGCAGCAGCAGACAAUUGUAAUAAACAACCACAUGCAACAGUUGCCCAUGCAAACGCAGCUAAUGACGUUGCCUACGCAACAGCAGCAGCAACAACAGCAGCAAAUGCAACAGCAACAGCAGCAGGUGCCUCAAAUGCAGCAACAGCAACAUCAGCUGCAACAAACUACACAACUGCAGCAGCAACAACCCUCGCAGAUUCAGCAGCAACAGCAGCAACAACCUUCGCAGAUGCAGCAACAACAACCGCAGCAACUCCCACAGCAACACCAUCCUGUUUACAGCAACUUUACGCAACAGCAGCAGCAAUCUCAGGCCAUCCCCGGACCCAAUGAACCUCGUGUGCCUCCCCUGCAGAUUCGUUUGCGCGGCAAAAACCAUGUGGUGGUCAAGAACACGCGAAAGGAGAGGAAGAAGGGUGCGAAUCAGGAGGUUAGCUUAGAUGAAAGGCAGCUUAAGCGCAGCUACAGCGAUCAGCCGCCGCAGCAGCUGCUGAUGGAACCGGUGGAGAAUAAGCAGACGAAGCUAACGCCGCCAACGCCGCAUGUCAAUGGAUUGCCUAUACUCAUACAGAAGACGACGCCAGUGGGAUUACAACAAGGAGGAGUUGGAGUAGCUACCACCACCAAGACCACCACCAUUGUGGCGGGAAAGAAUGGGCUGACUAUAAGUGCCAUUGUGGAGGCUCACAAGGCGCAGCAAAGCCAGGCGCUGGCCCAAUCCCUCAACGAUCCGCAGCUCAUAGUGGGCUCCACCAACACGGGAACCACACCCACGCCUACAAUCACCACCACCACCACCCUGCAGCAGCAACAGCAGCAACAGCUGAGCAAAAUAGCCACCUCGUUGCCCAGCAGCAUUACUUUGAGUGCCAUCAACAGCAACAAUAAUAACAAUAAUAAUAACGCAAACAGCGGGAAUAACAACAAUAGUCGUCUGUUGACCAUGAAGAAUCCUAUCAAGACUGCCGCCACCAUUACGCCCAUUGUGGGUGGCAAGCCGAUGACAAAAAACCAUAAGCCGCCGCCAUACAUCACAGCCGUGCAACAGCUGCAGCUGCAGAAGCAACAGCAACAACAGCAGCAGCAGCAACAGCAGCAGCAGCAACAGCAGCAGCAACAACAGCAGCAGCAACAGCAGCGACAACUGGCGGCGGCCGUAACCAUGUUGCCCAGUGCGACGACAUUGAAGCGUGUGGAGAUCACAAAGGUCACCGCAACGCCGCAGGUCAUCGAGCAGCAGGCAAGCAGCAUCAUAAACCCAUCAGCAGUGGGAACAGCAGGAGUGGCCACUACGAUCUGUGAUAGAAAGUUGCCAGUGGUUAUGCCGCCCAUUACCACAGUGGUGGUUAACUCCUCCUCGGUAUCCACCGCCUCCUCCGUGUCCAUAAUCACCACCUCUACCUCUACCUCAUCGCCGGCUGCUCUGCCCAGCACGCUGCGCAACUCGCCCGCCAGCAAUGGCAGUGGAACGCCCGGUCAUGGCAACAAUGGCGGUGGCGAGGACAGCGGCAUUGAGUCGAUGGAUGCUCUCUCCGAAAAGAGUCCCCAUCAGCUCUCCUCCAGCAGUCCCAUUCAAGUGAGCAAGGCAACGGCGGCUGUUCAACAGCAGCAAAUCAUCACCACAACAGCAGCAACUGCGGUGAUAGCCACGCCAGUAGUUGCAGCACCAUCAAGUUCCCUGCAACAGCAGCAAAAACAGCAGGCUGAUGAUGAGAUUGAGAAGGCUUUAGCCAAAAUGGAGGGCGAUUUUCCCGAGGAUCUUGAGGAUAUUGUUUCCUCGAUGAUCAAGGAAACAAGCGAAUCAUCUGCUGGUGGUUUUCUCAACAGCCUGGAGAACUCGCUGCCAGCGGCAACAGUUGUGACAACAACAACAGCACCUGCAGCAGCCACGACGAAUGGCGAACACCAUAUACUCGAACACGAUGAUCUCAUCAAGAAACUCACAGAUGGCAAGCAACCAAAGCUGGAGGAGAUGCCACCGCUGCUGACCAUCAAAAAGGAGCCGGCGAUUAAGACGGUUGUCCAAAAAGUGGAAGCCAAAUUGGAGGUAAAAACUGAGCCACCGAAAGUCGAGCUUAAAUCAGAGGAGAAGUCGGUGCAGCAGGAGAAGCAGCCUUCCAGCGAGACAAAUUCAACCGCCGCCGCCUCCCUGCAGCCCAUUUCGAUUGAGAUACCCUCGCAAAUAGAGGGUGAAACGCUGAGGAAAAGGACGCGGGCCAGCAGUCGAUUGGAGAGUCCACUGGAUGCACCCAAAGCGAGUCCCGAUCCGGCAACAAAUACUCCCAGCACCGCCAAGAGUCUUUCCCGCGCCUCAUCCACCGCCAGUCCUCGAGUGGUCACACCCACGCCCAAUCACAACAAUAAUAAUAAGAGACGGCGGCAGGAAUCCGAAUGCGGCAGCAGUAAUGAUGGUGCGGAUUCAGCCGAGAAUAGCAUUAAACGUCCCCGGGUGAGCAGCGGUAAUGGAAGCGGCACCUCCAAUAACAUUGCACCUGCCGAAACGACGACCGCUGAUGCAGGAGCUCCCAAGAAAGUGGAGAUUGAGUCAUCCGAAUCGGACGAGCCGCUGAUCGAAGUGGCCGGCAAGGUGCGAAACUCCAAGCAGGCGCAGGUGGAGGCCGCCGAUGCGGCAGCAGCAGCAGCAGCAGCAGUGGAUAAGCACGUGACGCGGCGAAAUGCACAGCAGCUACAACCGCCGCAGAACAAAACGACCGCUGCCACUCCGCCACUUGGAACACCGCGGAUGGGCAAAGCUCAGGCGCCAAUUGGAAACACCACUGCCGUUAAUAGCAAUCACAAUAGCAGCACUUCCAGCACUCCCAUUGCGGUGACCUCCACAGUGACGACGACUACGAUGCCCGGCGGCGCCGUGGUGACCACCACCACCACCAGCCAAACCAACAGCAGCACGAAUGUGGUGCAUGCCACACGAGGAGCCACCGCAGCGGCAGCCAGCACCACCAAUAAUAAUGCCAGCUCGCCGACGGACGAGAAGAUCGGCACACGGCGGAGCGUGCGGGCCAGUGCGGCUGCCAAUAAGAUCAUCUACAGUCGCAGCAAUGCAGCCGCAGCUGCUGCAGCAGCCGCCGCCGCGGCAGAGCCGAAGGGAACACCUGGAAAGGCGGGAGGAGCAGCAGCUGUGGGUAGCAACAAUGCGGGCAGUGUGGAGAGCGUAGCGGAAGCCCGGCGAAAGACCCGCAGUGCAGUCAUUGGCGAGUCCAUGUUGACCGAGGGACGCCGGAGAAGAACGUCGCGUGACUACAAGUGACCAGAGUUUUGCGCCUUGGCUAAAGGCUUGAACCAUCCGAGCGAUGCGCACGAAGACGAUCUGCUGCAGCUAUUCGAAGACUUUGAGCAGCAACAGCAGCCGCAUCAGCAGCAGCAGCAACAGCUGGAUAUCAAUCACGGCAGCAGCAGCAGCAGCUUUCCUUUAGCCCAGGCGCAGGACGAGGAUGAUGGUGAUGAGACGGCCGAAUACGAGAAUCUGGCAUCGCGAGCAGCCGGCGGCUACAUGGAGGAGGCCGAUCACCUGCUGUCCUACCACAGUAGCAGCAGUGCCGCCGACGUGGAAGUGGAUGAGGUACUUAUGCCCGAGCUGGCCAAUGCCACUGCGUUGGAUUGCGGCAACUUUGUCGACUACGAUGAGUUCAACCUCUGCCUGAACAACAUUCUCAGCGAGGAGGACGACAGUGGCAGUGGCAGCGGCG